ACCUGGCAUCCUUGAACAUGACGUGCACAUUGAAGGAUUAGAAAAUUAUUCUUUGAACUCUUGUUUAAAAAAUAUUGAUAAUUCUUUUUGAUUUCUACCAUCGUUUCCGAAUUUUUCAAAGUAAAAAUAUAAUGCAAACGGCCAGAGAAUAAAACGGUCACGACAUGGUGUACAUUGCGAGAGACGGAACAGUCCAUCAGAAUCCUCCAUGGACCAUCCAGCGCUUCAUAGGACUGUUCACCGGACUCUUUGCCGUCAUCGUUAUGUUCUUCCGGACGAUGUUGGAUAUGGGUUCGAGCGGAUCUACGAAUACAACGGAUGGUGGUAACAGCCGUCGUGGAGGUGGUGGACCCGGUGGGGGUGGUCCUGGAGGACCACGACACAGACCGAUUGGCAGGACAAUGACUUUACGGGAUUGUACUAUUCCCGGAGGAGGAUGAGCGCGGUAAAGCAUUCGCUUCGGAAUUUCACCAUUUCGGUCGAAUGCUUUGAUGUUUAUCUCUUCGUGGAAACCUUCAGAAGUCUAAAAGCGCUCGCUUUUGUAUGACGAAUGAGCUCUAAACCUAAGCUAAACCACAGGCGGGUUCAUUCCGAAGAGGAAUUUGGAAGGUUCACCAAAUUUGCUGUAUCACUAUGUUUCGUUCUACUUAACUAUCACUCUAAAUAAUCCUGUUAAAAUAAUAGUAAUAGGAUAAUUUAAAUAUUCCUCAUUUGUAAGGAUUUUCCCGUGUCCUUUUUUUAUCGUAUGGCUCAAAUAAAGAUUUGUUCAUAGUUUCAA